UUGCCUUCUAACUGCCCUGAUAUCAUCGCUCCCGAACUGCUGCGUAAGAUUGGUAUUUUGCCUGGACACAUUCACCAGCGAGGCGAGAUUGGUGUAGUUUUUCCUACUCGGACCAUAUACGAGGCCGCCCAUCACUACGCAAGGUUGGACUGAGACAGACCUGCGAGUGGGCUCGGUGGAGUACACUUCAUUGCCGGCUUGGAGGUGUUCUUGAGUGACCCCGAGAGCAAGGGCAUAAUUCUGAUUGGAGAGACUGGUGGAGUAGCUGAGGAAAACGCACCCGGAUACUUAUAUUCUGGAGAGGCUAAGCCUUUGGUGUCGUUCAGUGCUGGUCUAACCAUCAACUCUGGACGCAGGGUGAGGCACACAAAUCAGGAAUUGGGAGGAGGCCCAGGACAAGAUUGA